CUUCAUUCUGCAAUAUACGACUACUACACUAUGAAGGCAGCGACAACAGCAACCUCGGUCGUCGAGGAGGUACCCCUCGUCGUCGGCAUGGAAGGCUUGCACGUCGACUUCUUCACACCGGUCGAGAUGGAGAUGCUCGACUUGCUGAGUUCGCCAGCGUCGCCAGCGACAAAGUCCGAGCCGAUUGCGCCCAAGAAGCCCGCGCCCACCAAGCCGCGCCGCGUCACAUCGAGCAAGCAGCUACUGUACGUGGAGCGCCACCGCAAGAAGCGCCAGGCCGAGUUCAUUGGCCUCCAAAAGAGCGUCGUGGAGCUCGAAGCGCAGCUCGCCGACAUGAAGCACAAGCACACGCUGCAGUCGAUGCUGCACCCAGGCUCCAAGUGGCGCCAGCACGCGUCGAACGAGCGCAAGCGCCGGGCCAAGGCCAUGCUCGAGAACAAGGCGCUGCGCGACGCCGUCGAGCAGCAGAUGCAGUUUACCGACACACUAGUGCGCGCGGUGCAGGCCGUGCCAGCGGUCUCGAACGCCACCAUCUCGGCGCAGCCGAAGGACCAAUGGCAGUACCUGCGCCUCGUCGCGGACCCGGAGCUGCGCAAGGCAGCGUACCACCACAUUUGCGACCGCGAGCUGGAGCAGCUCCAGAGCGCCUUCUUGCAGGCCGGCUUACUCGAGUCGCCCGUGCCCGAGCUCCACAAGCACGAGUACAAGCACGUCAACCACGCGGUGCAGGUGCAAACGAUCCUAACCGGCCGGUUCACGCAAACCGUCGCGUCCGUGACCGAGUCGGUGUGGCAGUGCCUCACGGGCGCCGCCAUGUCGAAAGACCCGCUUUUAAAGCAGCUCUACAACAGCCACACAGCCGUGGAUCCGAGCGUGAGCUACAUCAUGGGCUCGCGCGACCACGCCGAGGGCCGGUUUGACCGCCGGCUUCUCUGCAAGCGCUACGAGCAAGGAGCCAAGUACGUCGUCGUAUGCCGCAGCAUCCUCCACGACGACGCCGUGCAGGCGACGGACCUGAACAAUAUUUUGGACGAAGUGUCGUGGCUCACGAUCGAGCCGGACGAGGAGACUCCGAAAAGCACUGUGAUCAAGUACUUUCACAAAGCCAACCAGGCGCGCAACGCAGGAAUCGUCUUGACCAAGAGCUGGCUAGAGCGCUUCACGCAAGAGACCGACGACGUCGGCAUCGCGAUCCGCAAAUACAUCGACUCGCACUAAUGACGAUAUUCUUAUUGUACAAGUAUCAAUAUUACACCGCCAUGGACA